AUGGAAGUGAAUCCAGUCCAUUUAGAACGAAAAGAGGUUGAAAGUGUCGAUGCGCCAGAAGUCGUGGUUGCUACUUCAGAACAAUAUGAUCCCUUGGUCCAAGAAGAAGAGGACCUUGAAGACUAUGAGCCUAGAAUUGACCAUGAACAAGUAGGUGGUUCAGACAGCGAAGUAUCGGUAUCCCAUCCUGCCGAGGAAGCUCAGGACGAAGAAGAAGAGUACGAUCCUGAAGCAGCCUUUAAUGAGUUUGAGCAAGAGUUGAAACAUGAGCAGAAUCAGGAGACUGAAGUUCGUAAAAUCGAAAAUCAUGAACCUCAAAAAAAUGAUGAAGACGAAGACGAUUAUGAUCCGGAAAGUGCCUUGGACAGAAACAUUAAGCCAUCCCAGUCUCCUGUGCCUAUAAAUGUAGCCUCUGAACCUGAAAACAAACCGUUAAACCCCAUUCUUAAGGGAAAGAGCCCUGUAGACAGUCUUCCACCCAAACCUCAGGUAGGUGGUUUCAAAUCUUCUCCUUCUCUUCCACCUGCUCCCACAUCGCAACAAGAUAUUAGACAAGCGUAUGAGGCUAUUAUGCAAAGCGAUUUGGUUAAGGAUCCCAAUUUUGUCAACUUGUCGCAGACAGAACAGAUGAAACUAAUUCAAGACCAGUUGGAGAAAAGGCAAAUGAACUUGGCUGGAAAAAUUGACCCAGAUAUGAACUAUGAUCAAGUGUAUUCGUACAAUAAACCCUAUAAGAACUUGAAAGAUCCCAUCCCUCUUAUACCUGUCAACAAGUUCUGUCGUAGACCAAAUAUCACUGCUCCUAUGACCCCCGAAGAGGAGGCAGCUUAUAAGGACUUUAUUAAGACAGAAGCUGACUACUUGGAUCUGGUUACAUGGGAAGAGUUUCCUGACAACCUGAGAUUGUUCAUAGGUAACUUGCCAGCAAACACCAUCUCCAAGCAAGAUUUGUUUCGUAUUUUCAGCAAGUAUGGGGAGGUUAUACAGAUAGCUAUCAAAGCAGGAUAUGGGUUUGCCCAGUUUAAGACUGCCGAGGCAUGUUUGGAAUGCAUUAAAGGAGAAUCAAAUGUACCAUUGCAUAACAAGAUGAUGAGACUCGAUGCUUCUAAGCCUCAGAAAGUAAAGAAACAAACAAAACCUGAGUUCUCAGCUGGAGGUUCUGACGAGUCCUUCGGUACAAAGAAAUUCAUUCCAGACUGCCAAUUGUACAUCACAGGAAAGUCUCCUGUAUUUUUUAUUAGAAAGGUUAAGAAGACAUUUGCUAACUCUCAGAUCACCAUUGAUACGGAAGACGUCACGCAUAAGGACAUCGGUGAUGUCAUCAGUGAAGCAGCGUAUUCUGGAGUUCUUGCUGCUUGUAUCAUCAAGGAGCUUAAGGUUGAUGUACAGACAUUUGAAAGCACAGAAGAUGGUGGCGUCAAGUUUGACGAAUACGCUGAUAUUGAUCCAGAAGUAGCCGUAGAAAUUUUGACAAAGGCAAAGGAAAAGAGAUAUGGAAACAAUCUUCCACAAUACAUCCCUCAAGAAGACAGCCAUACGGAUUUCGUCAACAACAUGACCAGAGUCAAUAUGGUGGAUAUGAGGACAAUCAAGGUUAUCGUAAGAGAUCAGGUCCUGGUUAUUCCGCAGGCUCUUACAAGAGGCAGCAUUAUAACCAGAAUUACAGACAACAUCGCCAUGGUGACUGGGGCAAACAUCAUCAAAAUAAUCAGCAGCAACAGCCAUAUGGCCAACCUCCACCAUUUCAAGCACAGCUUCCGUAUGGCCAACCUCCUCCUCCUCCAAAACUACAGCCAACCAAACCUGUUUAGCCAACAGAAUCAACAAAAUCAGUAUCAUCGACAACAAAUUAAUCAACAUCACCAAGGACCACAAACCCAGUAUAACCAAGGACCACAAAAUCAAUAUAACCAAAGACCAAAACAGCAAUAUCAAGAACCACCACAAAUUCAACACCAACCACCACCACAAAUUCAAUAUCAACAAUCACAAGUUCCAGUAAACUCGAACCUGUCAAACAUUGCGCAAGCAUUGCAAGGUUUAGAUGCCUCACAAGUGCAGAAUUCUAAUAGUACACUGACUCUCAUGGAGACGUUGGCACGUUUAAGCAGAAAACAGUAA